AUGAAAACUCCUUCAUCCGCGGUUUUUGCACGAAGAGUUCGGGUUAGAAACCCCAUCCGUCGACAGAGCAGAAAUCCAAGAUCUGCGAACAACCCCUCGACACAAUCCAAUCGGCAAUUGAAUCCCGUUGCGUCCAAUAGAAGACUGGUGCAGGCAGUAGACCAACGAAACCGCAGAAGGAUUACCGAUCAAAAUAUUCCGAUUGAUCAGAGGCGCCCCGUUAUCUGCGAUGGCGAGAGCAUCGCCUACGAUGCCAUUACUCAGCAGUUCGAUGCCAAAAGAGUUCAAACUGCGGUGGACUGGUUCCAAAACGCCGGUCAUCAGACAACCGCUUUCAUUCCGAAAUACUUACGGGGAAAGGCAUCGAACGCAUACGCGUUCGAUAAUUUGUACAACAAUGGUAAGAUGAUCGAAGUCGACUGCAGCACCCCUGGAACGGCCGAAAUGAACGUGCAAUUGGAAGCUCAAAUGCUCCAGAAAGCGGUUCAGGAUGAUGCGGCUGUGUUAUCGGAACGGGAAUUUCGACAAUCAUAUCAUGAAAACUCUAGUUUUCACCCAGUUAUAGAACAAAGGGUGAUUGGGUUUUGCUUUUUCAAAUCUGCGAUUUUCAUUCCAACCGAUCCGUACGGUCGCCGUGGAGCGAAUCUUAUUCAAAUUCUGAGAAAAUAA